AUGGAAUUCAACAAGGAGGAAUUCCGGCGCCAGGUGGGGGCUGGGCUGGGCCGCCUGCACAGGUUCCUGGAGCGGCGCCAGGAUGACCCCGAGAGCCUGGAGCUGAGCUCAGCAGGGGCGACCCCGACGCCUCCACGCCCCCCCGUGCUGGACUGCACGUUCUGCGGGCUGCCCCGGCGCUACGGGAUCGCCAUCCUGUGCGGGAUCGGCUUCUGCAUCAGCUUCGGCAUUCGCUGCAACCUGGGCGUGGCCGUGGUCAGCAUGGUCAACCCCAGCCAUGGACAGCACGCCCAGUUCAACUGGGACCCUGAGACUGUGGGGAUGAUCCAUGGCUCCUUCUUCUGGGGCUACAUCGUCACCCAGAUCCCCGGCGGCUUCAUCGCCCAGAAAUUCGCUGCUAACAGGGUGUUCGGGCUGGCCAUUGUGUCCACCUCGGUGCUGAACAUGUUGAUCCCAUCGGCCGCGCGCACCCACGUUGGCUGCGUCAUCGCCGUGCGCGUUAUGCAGGGGCUGGUCGAGGGUGUGACCUACCCCGCCUGUCACGGCAUCUGGAGCAAGUGGGCUCCACCCCUGGAGCGGAGCCGCCUGGCCACCACAGCCUUCUGCGGCUCAUACGCAGGGGCGGUGGUGGCCAUGCCGCUGGCCGGGGUCCUGGUGCAGUACACGGGCUGGAGCUCGGUGUUCUACGUCUAUGGCAGUUUCGGGGUGUUCUGGUACCUGUUCUGGGUGCUGGUGUCGUACGAGAGCCCUGCCCAGCACCCCACCAUCUCCCCUGAGGAGCGCAAAUACAUCGAGGAGAGCAUCGGCGAGACCGGUCAGUGGCCCACUCCCUGUCCACAGCUGGCCACGCCCUGGCGCCACUUCUUCACCUCGAUGCCCGUCUAUGCCAUCAUCGUGGCCAAUUUCUGCCGCAGCUGGACCUUCUACCUGCUGCUCAUCAGCCAGCCCGCCUACUUUGAGGAGGUCUUUGGAUUUGAGAUCAGCAAGGUGGGGCUGCUGUCGGCGCUGCCACACCUGGUGAUGACCAUCGUGGUGCCCAUCGGCGGCCAGAUCGCUGAUUUCCUGCGCUCCCGCGGGCUCAUGUCCACCACCAACGUCCGCAAGAUGAUGAACUGCGGCGGGUUCGGCAUGGAGGCCACGCUGCUCCUGGUGGUGGGCUACUCGCACUCGCGGGCAGUGGCCAUCUCCUUCCUGGUGCUGGCCGUAGGCUUCAGUGGCUUCGCCAUCUCUGGGUUCAACGUGAACCACCUGGACAUCGCGCCGCGCUACGCCAGCGUGCUCAUGGGGCUGUCCAACGGCGUGGGGACACUGUCCGGCAUGGUGUGUCCGCUCAUCGUGGGGGCACUGACCCGCCACAAGACGCGGGAGGAGUGGCAGUGGGUGUUCCUGAUCGCCGCUCUCGUGCACUACGCGGGCGUGGCCUUCUACGGCGCCUUCGCCUCGGGGGAGCCGCAGCCGUGGGCGGAGCCGCCGCGGGAGGAGGCGGAGCCGCUGGCACCGGGAGGCCUGGGCAGCGACGAAGAGGAGGAGGAGGAAGGGGAGGAAGAAGGAGUAGGAGGAGUCGGCGGGGGAGGACCCCCGGGAGGGCCCCCCGCGAGUUACGGGGCCACCGGCACCACCCCGGCCCCCGGGACCCCCCAUGGGUGACGCUGGACACACGCAGGGAUGUGCUCCAAAUAACCACACACUCCCCCGAAGACCUCCAAGGACCCACCGGGGAGCCCCCGCCCUCCUCCCGCGCCCCCCAAGACCCCCAAAAGCCGGGCUAUCCUCUCCGUUGUACAUAUAUAAAUACAAGGAGCGGCCGCUGAAAAGUGUGGAGUGCUGUACUGGGGGGAGCACUGGGAGGUCCGGGAACGGGUCCUACACGUGCUGGAGAGGCAGA